AAUAUUGAUUAAGACCAAAGGAAAAACUUAUUUAGUUUUUUUAAAUAUUCACACUUCUCUUCACUCGAAAGGAAUAACAAAACGCGAUCUCUGCUUAUUAAUGACAAUAGCUAUCAAAAACAACAAACAAAACGCGAACUGUCAAAUCGAUUCAUUGAAUGAGCACAAAAAAGAUUUUUGGAACUACAAAAGCCUGGUUUUAUAGAUAUUUCUUAGCGAUUGUGUAUUUAAAAUGAGUGUAAAUAGUCGGAAGGGUCCUAUCGUGGACCCUGGCGUGUGUAGAUGCUGUGGUGCAGUCAAAAAGUGUCGGUUAUUGAACGUGGAGUACGAGUGGUCGGGAGAACGGGAAGUUUACGCCGAUAUGUUCGUGGAUUGUUUUGGGCUUGUGUUGUCUCACCUGGAGGGCGCGGAGUCGGAGCGGCUGAUCUGCGCGACGUGCGUGGUGCGGCUGCGCGACGCUCGCGCCUUCCGCCGGCAGGUGCUGCACUGCGAGGAGAAACUACUCAACGCUGCUCUGCAUAUACAUGACUAUGACGAGAACGCCAUUAAAUUGGAAGUGGAAGUGAAACAGGAGGAAGACAGUGGACAUGUGAACGAGUCUGAUGAUGAUGAUGAUGGAGUGGAUCCCAUGGAUGAGACCAGCGGCCAAGAUGAGGAGGGCAGUAAGGGAGCGGAAUUACAACUUAAGUCUGAGGAAGCGCGAGAACAGUUGUCUCCGCUAGAGGACGCGAGCGUCGACAAGGCGAAGACUGAAAUGCUAGAUAAACUCAACAGUAUGAAGAAGAAAUUGGAUAAAAUGCAGAAUUGUGAUGAACCCCGCCGCAUCGAAUCCCCACCCUACAAACGACCAGUUACCAUCGACAAGGAUCUUCACAUAUUACGAAACGCCGCCAAAAUAGUCGAAAACUCAUACGUUUGUCCGUUCGUAACAGUUUUCAGCGACUACCACUGUAUUUAUUGCAAAGAAAUGUUCCUAGACCCUACUAUAUUAAGACAACAUACCAUGACACAUGACCCAAAAACGUAUAAGGAUGUUAUCGACACAAAAAAACUAAUACAAGUCGAUAUCGAUAGAAUUGACUGCAGAUUAUGCGAUGAAAAAAUCGAUUCUAUCGAUAUUUUGAAACAGCACAUCACUACGGUUCAUAAUAUAAAGUUAUAUAAAGAUGUUAAUAAUGAAUUUAUACCGUUUAAGUUAAAAAUUGGCUCGUUAACCUGUGUUGAGUGUGGUAAGAAUUUGGCGUUUUUCCAUGCGUUAAAAAAACAUAUGGCGGAGCACUUCGGUACUUUUAUAUGCGACGUUUGUGGCGCACAUUAUUUCGAAGAAAGACAUUUAAUUUUUCACAAAAAUUCCCACAAUAAAACCACAGAUGUUCAAAUGUAUCCUUGUACGGAAUGCGAGAAAACUUUCCGCUCGAAAUACAGUCGAAAUUUUCACGUAUCGAGAAUACACAAGAACGAGCCCGCUUAUCCCUGUAAUAAAUGCGAUGAAAUUUUCGUUUCCUACCACAUGAGGUAUCGACACAAAAUGAAUGUUCACGGCGAAAAACGACUGUUUCCUUGCGAAGGAUGCGACAGAGUUUUCGAUAGUCGAAAAACUUUGCGACAACAUAAUCAACGAACUCAUUUGCAGUUGUUACGUCACGAAUGUAGUUUAUGUGAUAAGAAAUUUUACUUACCCUCCGCUUUGAGAGAUCAUAUGACUUCACAUACGGGAGAAAGAAAUUUCCGAUGUGAAUUUUGUGGUAAAAACUACCCUAGAGCUAAGGCGUUAAGGGUGCAUUUACAAUCUCAUAGUUCGGAGAAAAAAUAUAAGUGUACGCUUUGUCCUUCGGCUUAUACUCAGAUUACGAAUUUUAAGAAUCAUAUGAAAACUAAACAUCCGAUGCCUGAGAGUGGGGAUGCUUAUCGAUAAAAUGUUUUGGGGAUUUUGCACAGCCCUAUAUUUAUAGUUAUCGGCACGAAUCUUGAGCUCUGACCUACAUCUGCGCAGAAGUGAUUUAUUAGCAAAGAACCAAUCCCGAGUGACGGCUAUGACGCGAUGCACUGCGGGCCAAUCACCGCUUUAGCCCGCCCCCGCGCCUCACUUCUUACCAAAAAAGGGACCCAAUAAGUUACUUCUGCGCAGGUGAAGGUCACCGCUCAAGAUUCGUGCCGAUGAUUAUACACUACAGGGGUGCGAUUCUACUCAUUUUACUUAAGCAACAUACGAUUCACAUCCGACUGAGAUCCAAUCACGACUCAAUUACGAUUGAAGCGUAUGUGGCAUUCCGCUAUUUUUUCUUUGAAAUAACUUUUAUCCGUUUCGGUGAUUCAAUAAUGAAUCAUUUUGUCUGCAAAUUAUUUACGAUUGCAAUAUGAUUGUAGAGCAAACUACCGUAUAGACCAAAUUUUAAUGGCAGACCAAUCGAAUGUCGUUAGAAUACGUUUGGUCUUAUAUUAGUAGCAGAAUGGCCGCUAAGGUUAAAACUGCUAUUGCUAUUCAAUUUUGACAUUCUUUACUUAGCAGAAUCGUGCCCCUGGUUUGUCAUGUAUUUACAUGAAACCGUUUUGUAUCGAAGCGGCAGCAGCACCUGCAGUCGCCCUCAGAUAUCGACCGAUUUCAUGCAGUCGGCAUGCGAUCGGCAGUUGGCAUUCAAAACGUAGGUAACCUUUAUAAUUAAGCAAGUUCAAAUUGUGAGUGUCACAAAUAAAAAUAAAAUAUUUGAUCCUGAAAUAAUUU